UGCGCUUGCGCUCUGUGGAUCCAGAAGGCAAAGACCAGAGUGAAUCGCAUUAUCGUUGUUUUGAUGGCAAGGGCCACUGAACGUUCAUAAUAAUAAAGCAAGUGAAGAGGUUUUGUAUCAAUAUCGUUUUGGUUUGAGGAAAUGGAGAAGGUAGGUACCGCGUCAUGGCUUUCGAAGCUGUGAAUCAAUGCGAAAAAAAUUGAACAUUAGUGGCUACGAGCAAAGGUAGCUGGCAAUCAUUGGCACGCUAUUGUGAACACAUCAGUAAUGACAGCUGUUCACUUGUGGCAAUAAUACACAGCUGUAACGUUAGCAUAUUUUAGAAAUACAUUGCCACUCAGACAGCGUGCCGGCUAUUAAAAAUCUGGAUACGGUCUAUAGGGUUUUCAUAGCCUAUGCAUUAAAAUUAGAAGGAUAUGUAUUUGUUAUCGGGAUAGCCUACUAAGUACUCGAACGAUAUACAUGCGCAUUAUAGUUGACAUUAAUAUAGAGCCUAUGAUAUUCAAAUAAAGGGCUCUCCUUCGGUUUUCAUGCGAUUAAAGGUUAAAUGGAUUGUCUUGUAAUAUUAAGCAAUUGACAGCAAAUAAGAAAACUAUAACAAGGAUAUUGUCAUCUGCCCAAAGCCAUUUAAUGUCAUUACUUCAGCUCGUCUCCCUACAGAUCUAAUAUGCGCUUUUAUUAUUAUGUAUUGCUUCGUUCCAAAUGAAGUGUAGGCUACACAUGUAUUGGAAUAAGACAACUGUGUGAAGAGCACAGCAUGUUAUGACGGGACGCCACACGGAAGACGCCGAGCCUCUGUCUUUUUUAUUUUUUUUGUGUGUGGGGGGAAUCGUUGGAGUGGUUCGAUUCCCUGAAUAACAGCUUGGAUGUAAAGGGGACAUUACAGUAAGACAUUCCGAAGAUGCCCAAGAGGUGGACCACAGCAACGCCAUGCAGCUAUCUCCCGGUCGUCUUGUUGGUGCUCGUUCUGCCCAGAUGUAUACUGUCGAUCCGUGCCGACAAAACCAUCAGCAAGGAAGACCAUGUUAGUGCUACGGUCAAUGCCACCGUACUUGACUCAAAAGGCAAUCCUAAACAAAUUCUAACCAAGGACGAUGGCAUGUACGGACAGAAUUCACCGAAAGUGGACGCGAAAGGAAUCGUGAUUGCACCUGCACCGAAUCAUGGAGUGGUGGACCGCCAGGGCUGCGACCCCCACACUCGCUUCGUGGUGCCUCCCCGGACGGGGCACUGGGUGGCCCUGCUGCAGCGCGGCAACUGCACCUUCAAGGAGAAGAUCCUCAAGGCCUCGGCCUUCAACGCCUCCGCCGUGCUCAUCUACAACAACAACUCCAAGGAGGACACCGUCAAGAUGGGCCACGAAGGUACUGGCGACACGGUGGCAGUGAUGAUCACAGAGUCUUACGGCAAGGAGAUCCUGGGUCUGCUGGAGAGGAACCUGACUGUGCUGGUGAGUGUGGUGGUGGGCCAACACGGCCAGGCCAAGAACAUCAACCGUGGCUCCCUGGUCUUCGUCUCCAUCUCCUUCAUCGUACUCAUGAUCAUCUCCUCUGCCUGGCUCAUCUUCUACUUCAUCCAGAAGAUCCGCUUUACGAACGCACGUGACCGCAGCCAGGUAGGACAUAGACGUCGACUUGGAGAUGCAGCUAAGAAAGCCAUAGGGAAGCUGACAACCAGGACAGUGAAGAAAGGGGACAAGGAAACAGACCCAGACUUCAACCACUGCGCCGUGUGCAUCGAGGGAUACCAGCUCAACGACGUGGUCCGCAUCCUGCCCUGCAAACAUGUCUUCCAUAAGCUGUGUGUGGACCCCUGGCUGAAUGAGCACUGUACGUGUCCCAUGUGUAAACUGAACAUCCUCAAAGCUCUGGGCAUCAUGCCCAACCUGCCGUGCGUGGACAACGUCGGCUUCGACAUGGACCACAGGAUAGGACGCAGCCAGACGAUGGCCAGCCAGCGGACAGCCCUGGUGGACCUGUCCAGUGAGACAUCCGUCAGCCUGGAGCCCCUGCAGCAAGGCCACCCCGGCACUGGACCCCAGAUCCCGUCAGAGAGCGGAGAGCUCACCCCCCGCACCGGAGAGAUCAACAUCGCUGUCACCAGUGGCCACUUCUUCAACCGGAACUCCCUGUCCCCACUCAGUUUGGUCUGUGAGAUGGAGCUACCUGACACCCAGGCAUCGCUCGACCGCUACGAUGACAAGUCGUGAGGGUCGUCGCCAUGGUUUCGACCCCCCCCCCACACAUGCACACACCAAGGGACAGAUGGCCUUGUACCUUCCUGCACACCUGCGAGUCAUUGUGUGUGUGUGGGGGGGCAGGAGCGGCACAACAACCUAGAUGACAACCUUGACUAACCUGUGGAGUAAUGACAUGAUGACAUCAGAUAUUUUCUACCAGUGCAGAAUGUACUAUUAUUGCCUGUCAAGAAGAAGAGGGGGGAUUAUCGUCCUCUAUUCUCCCCCUGAUUAGAUAUUCAGUAAAGUCCUUCCUUGACACUUUCAUUUCAACAACUGACUCUGACAUCUGUUUCUAGAUGCGGUAGUGGGGAAUUAGCCCUUUCUAGUCUUACUUUGCAGGAUCCCGGCGUAUCGUCCAUUUCAAGUGUGCUAGAAAUAAUAAACCACUUGUUAGUGCAACCUUCAAUAAAUCUGUAUAUAUGAUUAGCAAACCGUCAUUUAAUUUUGCUUCCUUUGGCUCUAAUGCAGUAAGAAAGGUCUCUUUCUUCCUUGGUGGACCAGUUGGCUCUGUUGUAUUUACUAUGCUGCCUAAACGACAGUGGAGAGGAUAUUUGAAUGGUGGGACAUGUCCAGACAUGCCUAGUCUCUCCCUCUAUAUGGCCAUGCCUCAAGUGACUGGUGUAAUGCACCCACCAUGGUGACUGGGUUCAAGAAUAAGACCAGUGGAACAAUGGACAUGCAACAUUCUGAACUCUGUGAAAAGCAGUAUUACUUCCCUAUAGCAAAACCAAUGUCUCUGUAUAAAAAUUUGAAGAAAAAAACAAAACAUUUUAACAUGUACUUAAAGCCUAUGAAAUACCCGGGUCUGUAUUAAUCAACCCCUGUGUGUGUGUGUGUGUGUGUGUGUGUGUGUGUGUGUGUGUGUGUGUGUGUGUGUGUGUGUGUGUGUGUGUGUGUGUGUGUGUGUGUGUGUGUGUGUGUGUGUGUGUGUGUGCGCGCGCACAGUACCAGUCAAAAGUUUGGCCACACCUAAGGUUUUUUAUUUUGUACUAUUUUCUACAUUUUAGAAUGAUAGUGAAGACAUCAAAACUAUGAAAUAACACAUGGAAUCAUGUAGUAGCCAAAAAAGUGUUAAACAAAUCAACUAUAUUAUAUUUGAGAGUCUUCAAAGUAGCCACCCUUUGCCUUGAUGACAGCUUUGCUCACCAUUGUUAUUCUCUCAACUAGCUUCACCUGGAAUGCUUUUCCAACAGUCUUGAAGGAGUUCCCACAUAUGCUGAGCACUUGUUGGCUGCUUUUCCUUCACUCUGCGGUCCAACUCAUCCCGAACCAUCUCAGAAGGGUUGAGGUCAGGUGAUUGUGAGGCCAGGUCAUCUGAUACAGCACUCCAUCACUCUCCUUCUUGGUCAAAUAGCCCUUACACAGCCUGGAGGUGUGUUUUGGGUCAUUGUCCUGUUGAAAAACAAAUGAUACUCCCUCUAAGUGCAAAUUAGAUGGAAUGGCUUAUUGCUGUGGUAGCCAUGCUGGUUAGAUAUGCCUCGAAUUUUAAAUAAAUUACUGGCGUGUCGCUAGCAAAGCACCCCCACACCAUCACAUCUCCUCCUCCAUGCUUCACGGUGUGAACCACACAAAUGGAGAUCAGCCGUUCACCUACUCUGUGUCUCACAAAGACACGGCGGUUGGAACCAAAAAUCUCUAAUUUGGACUCAUGCUUGUGUUUCUUGGCCCAAACAAGUCUCUCUUAUUCUUAUUGGUGUCCUUUAGUAGUGGUUUCUUUGCAGCAAUUUGACCAUGAAGGCCUGAUCCAUACAGUUUCCAACAGUUGAUGUUGAGAUGUGUCUGUUACUUGAACUGAAGCAUUUAUUUGGGCUGCAAUCUGUGGUGCAUUUAACUCUAAUGAACUUAUCCUCUGCAGCAGAGGCAACUCUGGGUCUUCUUUUCCUGUGGCAUUCAUCAUGAGAGCCAGUUUCAUCAUAGCACUUGGUUUUUGCAACUGCACUUGAAGAAACUUUCAAAGUUCUUGAAAUGUUCUGUAUUAACUGAGCUUCAUGUCUUAAAGUAACGAUCAACUGUCGUUUCUCUUUGCUUAUUUGAGCUGUUCUUGCCAUAUAAUGGACUCAGCCCUAUUUGGUAAAAGACCAUCUUCUGUAUACCACCCCUACCAUGUGGCAACACAGCUGAUUAGCUCAAAGCAUUAGGAAGGAAAUAAAUUCCACUAAUUAACUUAACAAGACACACCUGUUAAUUGAAAUGCAUUUCAGGUGACCUCAUGACGCUGUUUGAGAAAUGCCAAUAAUGUGCAAAGCUGUCAUCAAGGCAAAGGGUGGCUACAUUGAAGAAUCUCAAAUAUAACAGAUUUUGAUUUAACACCUUUUUUUGGUUUACAUGUGUUAUUUCAUAGUUUUGAUGUCUUCACUAUUAUUCUACAAUGUAGAAAAUAGUAAAAAAUAAAAACCCUUGAAUAAGUAAGUGUCCAAACUUUUGACUGGUACUGUGUAUGUAUGUAAUGUAUGUAAUGUAUGUAUGUAUGUAUGUAUGUAUGUAUGUAUGUAUGUACACACACACAGUAUAUACAAUCUAUAUACAUUAUAUCUCUAAACCGGCCUCUUGAAGUACUGUUUGUUUUCCUUUCACAAUCGUGUACAAGCGAAUUGGGUGGAAGGGUUUGUCCUCUGUUCUUGUUGUCCCCUUGUGUUAUCUUUAUCUGAUAUUUGCGAUGAUGUAACGCGGGGAGGGGAGUGUGUCAGUUUCAGGUCACUGUGUUACAUACAGCACUGCCUCAGCAUUAAAAGUGUAAUUAUUGCCUAUGUCCUGUUGAUGCCCAUUCCAAUGUGUGCCGCUUCUUCAUGAAACACAGCCCAAUGUUAUUAACAUUUCAGCUGGAGUUUGGAGAAGAUUCUAUUUAUCUAUUCAGAUUAAAUAAAUUAUUAACUUCA